GCGCCCUGGUCACCAGAAUAAGACGGACCAUGGUCCCUAUAUAGGCAACCCACCAGCCGCCACGAGCCGCGACUCACCCCGACUCAAUCACCAUUGGACAAUUCUCCAUCUCAAGCAAAUCGAAACCCUAACGUAUUUUUCUCUAUUCUCGAAGGAGAAGGAAGGAGCUAACCCUAGCUCUCAAGCUCCAAACACCGUAGACGGCCGUGCGCUCCGUCGAAGUCUCGCAUCUCUUGCUUGAAUCUUCUCCUCCGGAUCAUUUUCUUCAAUUGCAGUUAAAAGAAAUCUGAAUGACCGGCGCUUGGACAAAUAUGAGCUUUGCUGUCAUACAUAGGGAUGUAGAGAGGGAAUGGGAGAAAUCAGGGUGGAGUUUUGGGUCUUUGUUUUUAAUUGGAAGUUGUUGCUCACUCUCAGAAGAUCUAUACAUCUGCAAAAUUUUGAGAGGGGAUGAGGAGAGCAAAUUUUAUUUCAAAUUUAUUAUAGCUGUGGAGCAUCUUGGAGCAUAUGAGCAAUGGAGCUUGUGGAGCACCGCUCACCUCGAGGAUUGCUCUCUUGGUUUGCUUCAUAGUUUUGGUUUUGCUUUAAUUCCAUUACUGUUGAACUAAGUACAUGAUGAUAAGUGCAAUGGAUAACACAAUAGCCUGAGUCCUUGCAAAAAAAAAUGAGCAAUUGUUUCUUCAUUUACAUGAUUGUAUUUUCUUAAUGCAGCAAAACUCGUUCACUGAGCCCUUGCCGGUAUAAAAAAUGAGUGGCCGAUUUUCUCGCACAAUCUAUGUUGGCAAUCUGCCUUCGGAUAUAAGAGAAUAUGAAAUUGAAGAUCUAUUCUACAAGUAUGGUCGCAUAUUGGACGUUGAGUUGAAGAUCCCACCUCGUCCCCCUUGUUAUUGUUUUGUGGAGUUUGAGAAUUCUCGGGAUGCGGAAGAUGCAAUUAGGGGUCGUGAUGGCUAUAAUUUUGAUGGUUGUCGUCUGAGGGUUGAACUUGCCCAUGGUGGUAGAGGGCAAUCAUCUUCAAGCGAUCGUCGUGGUGGCCAUGGUAGCGGGGGUGGGGGCCGCUUUGGUGUUUCACGCCAUUCUGAGUAUCGAGUUAUUGUUCGUGGGCUUCCAAGUUCUGCUUCCUGGCAAGAUUUAAAGGAUCACAUGCGAAAAGCUGGUGAUGUGUGUUUUGCUGAAGUUUCCCGUGAUGCUGAUGGAACCUUUGGUCUUGUUGAUUAUACCAAUCAUGAAGACAUGAAAUACGCUAUUCGGAAACUUGAUGACACUGAAUUUAGAAAUCCUUGGGCAAGGGCUUAUAUUCGGGUGAAGAGGUAUGAUGUCAGUCCAAGAAGCCGAAGCCGAAGCCAUAGUCCCAGUAGAAGCAGGAGCCUAAAAAGGAACCGGAGCAAAUCAUUGGAACGAUCUGUAUCAAGAUCAGCUUCAAAAUCUAGAUCUCCAUCUCCUGUCAGGCGAUCAAGGUCCAGAUCAGCAUCUCCCCGUCCGGCCAGAUCAGGUAGCGCCUGAAUCCUGACUCCUCGACAGCCGAAGUUGGAAAUAUGCUUGUUGUAGCCCUGCUUUGAUAGACAGAGACAGUUGGGAGUGCAAGUAUUGUUAGUCGAUAUAUGAGACAUGAGUGGACUAGUUACUUGAAGAAAAAAAAAAUAUCCUAAAACUAGGCUAUUUUAGAACUAAUAUCUAUCAUCAUUUUGUGGUUCUUGUGGAAGACACUAAAUCUUUACAGUUCAGUUGUUUUGUUCCUUUUCUAUUCCUAAAUCUGAAGUUACUGCUUACCUAUA